AUGGCACCGCGCACAUACAACCCAUGCUCAUACCUGCCACGGCGGCUGCAGAUAGUGACCAGCCUGGCCCUGUUCAUUCUUUUCUGCAUCGUGCUGUUCGGCCAAUCCACCGUCGAUGUUCCAUACCGCGAUGAAGUCAACGAGGGCGCGCGCAAAGUAUCCGCAUACUUGCCCAAAACACCGAGUCUUCCNCAAGGUCUCAACCCAUUCAGAACACCGGCACAUUCACCACCUCCCGAGCAGGCCAACAGUACCAGCGGGGAGACACGAUGGUUCUCCGACUGGAAGUGGAUGAACCCCUUCUCGUCAUCUAUCACCCUCGACGAGAACAGAGCUGUGCUUCCCCCACUGGCCAAAAGACCGCCAGUAUACACCUAUUUCGAUGCCGAUUGGUACAAGGAUGAAACGUCACUCGAGUCUGUCCACCACCUUCUCNNCCUGAUCUGGAGACGUGCUUGGUGGGCUCAAGGCUUCAAGCCUGUUGUUCUGGGACGUCCUGAAGCCAUGCAAAACCCGCUGUAUGCAAAGAUGGGCAAUCUGGAACUGGAGGAGGAACUCAAGACAGACGUGAUGCGCUGGCUCGCAUGGGGUAACAUGGGUACUGGUGUCAUGGCCAACUAUGUCGCAUUGCCUAUGGCUCCACACGACGAUCCGCUGCUUGCCUACUUGCGUCGCGGUGAAUACGUUCAGCUCACGCGAUACGAGGGUCUGGAAAGCGGCUUGUUCGAUGGCCCCAAGGAUCAGAUCAACAAGGCCAUCGAGGAGGUUCUCAAUGCUAAGAAACCCAUCAAGGCUAAGUCGGUCAUCGAGAUGCUCUCCAAAGACACCAUCCACGUCGACAGUAACCAAAAAGCCAUCGCCUUCUAUUCGAGCAGCAACAUNCAAAAAUACUACAAGACCAUUGCAGAGAAAUUGGCCUCCGAUGACAAAGAUGUGAGCCGUGAAGGCCUGCGUCUGCUUCCUCAGCUCAUCAUUUCGCAUCUGCACACGACCUGGCAGAAUUCAUUCACCAGCGGCAUUGCUGUCUUGAAGCCACUACCAGACCAUAUGUUCACCUUGGUCAAACCAGCCAUCGAUCUUGCCCGCAACCUGUCACAAUGUACAGAAUCGCCACAACCCUCAUCCUGCCCUCCAAACCGUCAGAACUGCGUGCCUUGUGUGAGCAGUCAUCCGCUGCGUAUCAGCCAACCCAUGUUCUUCCGCAACACCUCUGAUCUGUUUACCAUUGGCACUGUACCUCAUCCCUACACCAUGGCAUCUCUCCAACACCAAACCGAGUCAUUGACCAUCCGUUUCAUCCGCCGCACAACAAAACGCGACGAAUGGCUCUUAGCUGCAACAAAAGAAUUCCUAGGCACAGGAAUGAGCAGUUUCGCACGCAUCCCCCACGUCAAAGAUGCCGUUGCCUCUGACUACGGAAGCGCUCGCUCCCUCUGGUUGACCCCCGAAAACCUGUCUGAAGAAAACAACGCCCAGUUGCGUCGUGACCUCGCUUGGGCACUGGGAUUCCCCGUUCCGACUAUUGACACCACCCUCGACCCCGGGCACUCCGAAACACCAGUNCCCGGUCCUGAACGCCGCCCUCCAGCCCCAAAACCCGAAGGCAAGAUCCCUGACCCUGUGGAACUGGUUCGCGAAGGUACACUGCUCUCCAAAGCGCGCUUAGUUCUCAAAGGCAAAGGCCCCCGCGACAGUAUCCCCAUCCGUGAUGCAGUAGAGGCUUGGAACUUGGCAGACACAGAGGUGUGGAGGUUUGUGCGCGCGUGGAAUGCGAGAAGAAGUGUAGAGAGGAGAAAGUGGGAGGAUGAGGAAAAGGCGUAUGCGGGUACGGAGGGAGGGAAAGGGACUUGGAGUCGUUGGUUUGAUAGAGAGUGA